AUGGACCCAAGGGAUACGUCGGUUGACGGCGAUGAUGGUAACAUUAGGCAUCCGGUGCGACAAGAAUACUCCGUGCUCCAACUGCACGACGGCCCGACGCACAUGCUCGUCCACUGGGAUUGGGCAAAGGCCCAAGGAACCGCGUCAAAGGGUCCUGAUAUCGACUCAAUAAUCGACCAGAUCGAGGACCGGCUCGGUCGCAUAGAGAACAUCCUUCGUCAACUCCCCGCCCUCAUCAAGCAGGCCUCGUCAAGCACCAGCCACACGCCCGACCCGUCAUCGUCCUCUGCAUUGUUUUUUGACAAGCCCCUCCCAAACCCCCAGCAGUCACAGCAUGCCGCGACCCCAGCGACCGGCACGUCGCCCGCCUCAUUGCCCGCUGCCGACCGCCACGCCGCGGAAGCCGUGACCAAGAUGGACUCAGAUGCCGACGAAGCCGAGACGGAUGCGGAAGCGCCCUUCGAGGGCGACUCGUCCAUGACGGCACACACGGCCUUCGCGUCCGAGUUCCUCCACCUCGCCGUCGGCCGCACCUCGCUCGAGCCCGGCCACGCCCACGUCAUGGACAACCCGAGCCUCCACAGUGCUCUCUCCAGCCUCCAGCAGAUCGUGCACAUGCAGAAGCGCGGGAGCACCACUGCCGACAUUCGCUUCCUGAACCAAAAGUUUCUGCCGCCCGGUGGGCUUCGAGAGCUCCCGCUGCCCCCUCUCAAUGUCGUGGUUGGCAUAUUGAGAGAGCUGAAAGGCAAUAACGCCCAUCAAUACAUCCCGGUGACCUUCACCCUAAUGUGCUCCUUUCUCGGCGUCGACGAGUUCACCGAGCACUGCCGACGCGUCUACUUUGCGACCGAGGACUACUCGCAAGCCGACUACAUCAUCACUGUCGCGGGCCUCUUUUACGUCUUUGAGGAGCGCGCCUUUUCAAGCAGCGACUCCGGCGGCGGGGCCCACACGAACGAGGAGUACGAGCGCUACUAUCACAUGUGCCGCGUCAACCUUGAGGCGGCGCUGAGCCAGUUCAACCUCCUGCAGACGCCCAAGCGCGAAAACGUCGAGGCGCUUCUGUUGGGCACCACCUAUGCCAUCGAGCUGGCCAAGCCCAGCCUGGCGUGGCAGCUCAGCAGCGCGGCCUGCCAGCUUUGCUUGACCAUGGGCUACCACCGGGCCGGAGCCGAGGCGGCGGGGCGGCGGUCGGCCAGCAUUGACCGCGGCGGCAGAAGGAGCAGCAGCAAUGAUGGGCGAGGAAUGUCGGUGGGCUCGUCGUCGAUCGGGGACGAUCAUCAUGGCGCCUCCAGCAGCAAGCGGCAGGUGCUGUUCCUCUUCGCCUACACGCUCGACAAGGGCUUGGCGCUACGGCUGGGCCGAGCGUCGGUCCUCAGGGACGAAGAGAUCACGGUGCCCCGGCAGCUGGGUCGGAUAAGCGAAUACGACGAGUAUCGAGACACUAUCAACAUGUGGGCACGCCACGCGCACGUGCAGGGCCGCAUCUACGACGACCUCUACAGCCCCGCGGCGCUGCGGCUGCCGGUCGAGAGGCGGGUGCAUACUGCGCGGGAGUUGGCAGCCGAGCUGAGGGCCAUGAUGGCCAUGCUGCCGAGCAUGGACAUUUAUCGACUACCCAAGGCAUCGCAGGAGAAAAAAUACGACGCCGCUGUUCUCGACAUGCUCAUGAAGUCGGAUCGGGUGUCAAUGCUGAGCUCGCUGGCCCUAUGCUACCGCGCGAUCCCGCCCGACGGCUGCGGCAUGGACGGCGACGGCAUCUCGAGGACUUUUAAUCAAGAAUGUAUCGAGGUUGCGAGAGAGGCCAUGCAGGCGCAUGCAGGGUGCAUGCAGCUAAUGCGCGAAAGUCGGGAUCUGGCAACAGCCUAUAUCCAUUGGACAAUUUUAUACUCUCCAUUCAUCCCUUUCAUCGUCAUCUUCUGCCACAUCAUCGAGACGUCCAAUCUCGACGACCUCGCACGGCUUACCGAGUUCGUCAAGUCUCUCGAGGUCGGCCGCGACAUGAGCGAGCCGGUCGGCAAGCUCCACCGCCUCUGCAACGCGCUCGUCAACGUAGCAACCAUGUACCUAGAGACCAAAAAGCAGCAGAAGGCGGCAACUCAGGCCGAGGACGGCGCAACGACGUAUCCCGUCAACAUGGAGUUCGACAUGUACUUCCGGGACCUUGGCUUCAUGCCGCCGCAGCCUUCUGUGCACCCGCAGCAGCAGCCCGGGCCGAGCGUCUUGCAGCAGCAGCCACAGCAGCCGGGACUUGGUUAUGAGUUUGGGAAUGCGCAACUGGGGGAUUGGUUCUCGGGGAAUUUGUCCAUGAUGGGCAUGCUGGAGAGAGAUUUGAGCCAGUUUAACCCUGAGAGCUGGGCUCAGGGCACCGCAGCUCCUGUUGCAGGGCCUGGGCAGGUUCCAGGGCAGCAUCAGAUGCUGCUGUUGUGGUACAGCGUCGACCGGCGCAAAGGCCGACUUGAAGCCAGACUUCUUGAACCCACCCUUCUUGAACCCGCCGGCACUGGUGCCACCGUCUUCGCCGCCAAUCUUGAUGCUGAUGACGCCAUCCGCUUUUGCCUCUGCUUUUCUCGCACGCGCUGCGGCAGUCGGGUCGCGCACCAUGGCCUUCAUGUCCUUGAGGCGCUGCUUGUGCGAGUGGUCAUAUGA